UUCUUCCACCAAUUCACAUUGCCUGCAAACUCCUGCCAUGGCGAUCUCAGUUAUCAUAAGAGUACUCUGGCCUUUGGCUGUAGCUCUUACCUUUGUUUCUGUUCUUUACGCCAACUUAGGGAUGGCAGAAGAACCUGAAGUGCCUAAAACUGGAGGUACUCAUGAAGAGCAUGAUGUUCCUGAAAUUGUUGCCAAAGCAUUGCUGUGUUUCAAUAAUAAAUAUAUUUACAGUAGCUGUGAAGAAUCCUAUAGAUUGAACGAGAGCGGAAACCUCGACGUGGCUCCUGAACAUACCGAUGAAUACUGCACUGGAGCGUGCCUGACUGAGACAAACCUUGUCCUGGGCUGCAUUGAAAACAUCUUCUCCAACUUUUUGUUUUAUAAUAAGGCCACAAUACAGGAUGUUCGAGAUACUGUCAAGGCAGCAUGUGGGAAUGGCGAAGAAAGAGGUAAAUUUAAUGUGGCUGAGCACAUUCAAGCUGAAGCAAGCAAUGCACAGAAAACCAUAAGUCAAAUCGUCUUUGGGCUUGGACUGAUGGUUCUGGGGCGUGGUUUACUGCCUUAAUUAUUAUUUUUAUUUUUAGCUUUGGAUAAGGAUAGAUCAAAUAAGAACAGCCUUAAUAUUAUGUGUUACUUAUUUUUAUGAAUGACUUUCAGGACCCAUGGUUUUUAUCGCCGUGAUAUGUAUACUAAUUAUAUGAUCAAUAACAUGACAGAUUACUACUU